AUGACGAAAACAGUUCUGCACGGCAACCAGUGCGCUACUAUUAUAUCAGUUGUGAAGCAGUAUAAAAGAGCAGUAAUAUUGCGCUUCGGACGAGUAAGAAGUGUCUCCCCCGCCGGACCCGGCAUCAUUUGGAUAAUUCCGUGUACAGAUACAGUUAUAAUAAUUGAUCUUCGAACUCAAUCUUUCAAUGUGCUGCCCCAAGAGAUUCUUACUAAAGAUUUGGUGACCGUAACAGUAGAUGCUGUUGUUUAUUUUCACGUUUUGAAACCGUUGAACUGCUUGUUACACGUCCAAUCUCACAAACAUGCAACUGAAUUAUUGGCCGUGACUAUUUUAAGAAAUAUUUUGGGUCAAUAUACGUUGUCAGAUCUAUUGACAAACCGUGAAUCAAUCAGUCAAGCGGUUCGUAAAGAAAUAGAUAAUGGAACAGUAGAGUGGGGCGUCGAAGUGGAACGAGUAGAAAUAAAAGAUGUAAUUUUACCAUAUGAAUUGCAAAAAGCUUUGGCUGCGGAAGCCGAAGGUACGCGUAUCGCUAAAGCAAAAAUUAUAGAAGCUGAAGGUGAAAUAAAAGCAGCAGAAAACCUUAGAGAUGCCUCGAAGAUUAUUAUGCAAAAACCUCAAACAAUACUUUUAAGAUAUUUGCAAUCGCUCAACUAUAUCGCCUCACAACAGAAAACGACAAUACUUUUUCCUUUCCCUAUUGAUAUUCCUGAUCAUCAAAAGUAAAUAAAAUAUUGAAAUUCAUCAGUUGGAUUUUUUGGCAUGAACAUAAA